AUGCGAGUGCUUUUCAGUCUUAUCGCGGUGGCCUUUGUCGCCGUUUCUCUGGUCCGCGAUGUCGGAGCGGCGAAGCGCGAGGCGCCACUGAACAACGCUUACCUGCCCCCCUCCCCGCCCCAGCGUCCGUCCUCCAAAUAUGGAGCCCCGCCUGCCAGCUCCUACCUGCCUCCCGCCUCCGGACCUGCGCCUUCUUUCAACUCCGGCCCUGCCAGUAGCUACUCCGCUCCCUCCUUGAGUGCCUCGUCGGGUGGCCCUUACCCGGCGCCUGCUCCUCGACCUUCUAGCUCCUACGGCCCACCGGCUUCGCACCCAUCCUCUAGCUACGGACCGCCGCCAAGCCGCCCAAGGGAGUCGUAUGGGCCUCCUCCGCCCAAAAAGCAACAUCAUCGCCGUCCUUCUUCCAGCUACGGAGCGCCACGUCCUGCCCCGCCAUCGCAGAGCUAUGGUGCCCCUCCCUCCUCCAGCUAUGGACCCCCAAAGUCUUCCCCCCCGUCGCAGAGUUACGGAGCUCCCGCCCCACCAUCAUCCAAAUACGGACCACCCAAGUCGGCGCCUUCAUCCAGUUACGGAGCUCCCAAGCCAGCGCCUCCUUCAUCAUCGUACGGCGCUCCAGCACCACCCUCUUCAUCUUAUGGAGCUCCCUCGUUGGGAUCCUCAUCUUUUGGAACCUCGGCACCAUCUUCGUCUUAUGGAGCACCGGCCGCGCCUUCAAAGUCCUAUGGAGCGCCUGCCCCACCACCUUCCAAGUCGUAUGGAGCUCCCGCUGCCCCUCCAUCCUCAUCGUAUGGAGCACCAGCCCCGCCUUCCAAAUCUUAUGGAGCACCUCCGGCACCUUCUUCAUCCUAUGGAGCACCUUCUGCUCCUUCGGCACCUUCUUCAUCAUACGGAUCUCCAUCGAAGUCAUACGGAGCUCCUCCCGCCCCACCAUCCCAAUCAUAUGGGGCACCUGCCGCUCCUUCUCCAUCAUAUGGAGCACCUCCAGCGCCAUCUAAGUCUUAUGGAGCACCUGCCCCGCCAUCACCCUCCUAUGGUGCCCCUGCUCCUCCAUCCUCGUCGUAUGGAGCACCACCACAGGCCCCAGUAAGCAACUAUCUGCCCCCUGCCCCGCGUCCAUCGAAGCCCUCCUCCAGCUACGGAGCCCCCAGUGUAAGCAGUUUCGUUCCUCUGCCUUCCGCGCCUUCCACCAACUACGGAGCCCCAUCGAAGACCCAAAGCCUGGGUAACAGUGGCUACUCCUCUGGACCAUCUUCUUCCUACGAUGCCCCCGCUGCUCCACCAUCAUCUUCUUAUGGAGCACCUGCCGCCUCAUCGUCCUCGUCCUUCCAGCCCAUUGCUCCGCCGUCUUCCAGCUAUGGCGCUCCGGCCAGCGGCGGCGCCAGCAGCUUCUCCACCGCUCCAUCCUCCCUGUACGGUGCCCCAAGCAAGGGUUCCAGUGGAUCAUCAUUCUCCUCUGCUCCUUCCAGCUCUUACUCGGCUCCCAGCCCCAGCGCCAAUAUCGGAGGGUCCUAUCCUGCGGCGCCCUCUUCAUCUUAUGCCGCUCCAAGCUCAGGUUCCAAUUCGGGAGGUCCCUACCCGGCAGCUCCUUCAUCUUCAUACUCGGCUCCUAGUGCUUCAGCUAACAGUGGAGGAUCUUAUCCUGCAGCUGCUUCGUCCUCCUUCUCGGCACCUUCUUCUUCCUACUCGGCCCCUGGAUCGGGUUCGAAUAGUGGUGGACCCUACCCUGCGGCUCCUUCUUCCUCGUACUCCGCACCUGGUUCCGGUUCAAACAGUGGAGGUCCUUACACAUCGGCACCUUCUUCAUCAUACUCGGCACCCAGCUCUGGCUCAAACAGUGGAGGUCCUUACCCAGCCGCUCCUUCUUCAUCAUACUCGGCACCCAGCUCUGGAGCAAGCAGUGGAGGACCUUACCCAUCGGCACCUUCUUCAUCAUACUCGGCACCCAGCUCUGGCUCAAGCAGUGGAGGUCCUUACCCAGCCGCUCCUUCUUCUUCGUACUUGGCACCCAACUCUGGCGCAAGCAGUGGAGGAUCAUACCCAUCAGCCCCUUCAUCGUCAUACUCGGCUCCCAGCUCUGGCGCAAGCAGUGGAGGACCAUACCCAUCAGCCCCUUCAUCGUCCUACUCGGCUCCCAGUCCCAGUUCGAGCAGCGGAGGGCCUUACCCAUCAGCUCCAUCUUCAUCCUAUUCGGCACCGAGUCCUAGCUCCAACGCAGGAGGACCCUAUCCGUCAGCUCCCUCAUCGUCCUACUCGGCACCCAGUCCCAGCUCGAACUCCGGAGGACCCUAUCCAGCUGCGCCAUCCAACUCCUAUUCGGCACCACCAUCUCCGCCAUCGUCUUCGUACGGAGCCCCGGCUUCGGGAUCCGUUUCCUCGUCCUUCAGUGCAGCUUCUUCGAGCAGCUCUGGCGGUGGUUUCUCCUCCGGCCUGAAUUUCUCCAGCGGUCCCUCGUCCAGCUACAGUGCUCCCCCCGCCGGUGGAUCGUCGAGCUCCGGCCCAUACCCAAGUGCUCCUGCUCAGGAUUCCGGGUAUGCGUACAAUGCUCCCACCCAGGUGCCAGAGACCAUCCAGCAGGGCUAUAGCGCCGACGGCGGCUACACCUACCGCAAGAAGUGAACCGGAUAGGAACCACUGCAUCGCAGUGUGAUCAGCCACGUGCCUACGAGAAUACUCAGCCACCCAUCCAUUCCACCAUCGACUCAUCCAUUCCGCAACUGUAAAUUAUUCCCCACGAGACGCCCAUUCGUUUUCUCUCCCAUGGAACCUCUAGACGUAAUUCACUGUACCCUUAGAUGUAAAAAUUGCAAAAGCGUUUUGUUGAAAGAAAAAUAAAGAACUUGAUGAAGAUCA